AUGGGCGGCAAGGCGCGAGUCAGGGUAGUAAUCCGCCACCGUGAUGAGUUCUCGCAUGGAGACAGCAGGAAACAGUUGGGUCAAGCGGCCUACCAUUGGGGAAUCCUCAUCCAGCCUAAGAAUCCUAAAGGCUUUGACUCAAAUGUCUACGACGUAACCGAUGCGACAGUCCCUGAUCCCAUAACCCGAGUGGAUCUCAACCCGAACCACGACUGGCGUAUUCGUUCCAAGAUGAGCGUCAAUCCGAUGCAUAGCGGUCGCCUCCUGGGAAGAGUAAUGAUCGGAAAGGUGCCCUCGCACAUCACAAUUGAAGGGAUUGACGACAUUCUCAGACAAGUACCACUUCCUAUCAAGAGUUCCACGCCUGUGCAGAAUUGUGUCAAUUGGGUUCUAGCGGCCAUCGAAGUCAUGCAAAAGCAGGGUUUGGCAGAGGCAUUCGACGUGGACUAG